CAGAAAUUCAGUUCAGUUUUGGAGACCGGCAGAUCGAGCGCAAUGGAGAACAACAGCACAUAUGGCAAUGGCACCCCGAUACAACAGUUCAAUAUCUCGGAUAUCAUAGUGAUCGUGGCAUACUUCAUGCUGAACGUGGCUGUGGGAAUAUGGUCCUCCUGUCGUGUGAGCAGAAAUACACUCAGUGGAUAUUUCCUGGCUGGUAGAAACAUGGCAUGGUGGCCAAUUGGUGCCUCUCUCUUUGCUAGCAGUGAGGGGUCUGGCCUGUUUAUCGGACUGGCUGGCACGGGAGCUGCAGGUGGCAUUGCUGUUGCUGGCUUUGAAUGGAAUGCUACCUAUAUCCUACUGGCACUGGCCUGGAUCUUUGUACCUGUCUAUAUCUCGUCAGGGAUUAUCACCAUGCCGGAAUAUCUUCAAAGAAGAUUCGGAGGGGAGCGUAUCCAGAUGUAUUUAUCAGGGCUGUCACUAUUGCUUUCUGUGUUCACCAAGAUCUCUACUGACCUGUACUCUGGUGCUUUGUUUGUCCAAGUUUGCCUGGGAUGGAAUCUCUACUUGUCUACAGUACUCAUGCUGGUGGUGACUGCUCUCUAUACAAUUGCAGGGGGUCUGGCUGCUGUGAUAUACACAGAUGCUCUACAAACUGUUGUCAUGAUCGUUGGAGCCAUCAUUUUGACCAUCACCGCAUUUAAUAAGAUUGGAGGGUACCAAAACCUGGAGACGGUAUAUGCCACUGCUAUACCAUCGCAGAUUGUUCCCAAUACUACGUGCCACCUACCACGUCCAGAUGCCAUGCAUUUAUUUCGUGAUCCGGUCUCUGGAGACCUCCCUUGGACUGGCAUGACAUUUGGCCUAACUAUCCUUGCUGCUUGGUACUGGUGCACAGACCAGGUCAUUGUACAGAGAUCUCUUUCUGCCAAGAAUCUGAGCCAUGCCAAAGCCGGCUCCAUCCUUGCUAGCUACCUGAAGAUGCUGCCCAUGAUAUUUAUAAUUAUGCCUGGGAUGAUCAGUCGCGCUCUUUACCCAGAUACAGUGGCUUGCGUGGUACCAGAGAUAUGCGUGGAGGUUUGUGGAACUGAAGUUGGAUGCUCCAACAUUGCCUAUCCCAAGCUGGUCAUUGAGCUAAUGCCUAGUGGUCUGCGUGGACUUAUGAUUGCAGUGAUGAUGGCGGCUUUGAUGUCCUCCCUGACGUCCAUCUUUAACAGUAGUAGCACUCUCUUUACUAUGGACAUCUGGAGAAAAAUCAGAAAGAAUGCAAAUGAGAAAGAGCUCCUCUUGGUUGGAAGGAUAGUUACGGUGGUACUCGUGGUCAUCAGUGUGGUCUGGAUCCCUAUUCUGCAAAACGCUAACAGUGGCCAGCUCUUCGUCUAUAUUCAGUCUGUCACCAGUUACUUGGCACCACCAGUGACAGCAGUCUUUGCCCUGGCAAUUUUCUGGAGGAGGGCCAAUGAACAGGGGGCCUUCUGGGGCCUAAUGAUUGGACUUGUCAUUGGGCUUGUGCGCAUGUUUAUGGAGUUUGUAUACCCAAUCCCUCGCUGUGGUAUCCUCGAUGAAAGACCCUCAAUGCUGAAAGACAUCCACUACCUACACUUUGCCAUCAUCCUGUGUGCCAUGACUGUGGGUGUUGUUGUAGUGAUCAGCCUUCUUACAGAGCCCCCACUACAAUCCCAGGUGAAAAAUCUCACAUGGUGGACGAUUCCACGAGGAAUGACUCCUCCCGAAAUUACCCUCCAGAAAGUCUCAAGCAGAAGUCAAGCAGCCACAGACUCCAAUGAUGUCCCAGGCAAUCUUUCCCCUCGCAGACGAUCUUGGAGUAGUAAGUUCUGCAGCCCCCCUAAAGACGCAGUUGACUCCCCCAUGACCAACCAGCAAAGAAGCAUCAAGGAGGACCCAUUCUGGUCGCGGGUGUGCUGCAUCAAUGCCAUUAUCUUGAUUUGCAUUAACAUUUUCUUAUACGCAUACUUUGCUUGAUAUACAAGACAGUCUGAUCGAUGUGUUUUCAAAUAUUCUUGAAACCACACAACAACCACAUCCGCUUGUAUUAAAAAAAAAAAAAAUCGGUGAUCGACAAACCAUGUGGAUAAUAGGUUCACAUGCUGAUAGUUAUAUAUCCAAUUUCUAGGCUGUCCUGGUGAAAGUACCAGAAAUGUAAAGAUACAAAUAUAUAUAUAUACUUACCUGAAGUUUUUCUACCUCCUCACCCAACAUGGCCUCCCAAAAUAGAUGGAGUGGCCCCACCCCCUUACAAUGCAUGCGCCAUCACACAAUUUUGAUCAUGCAGGUCUACACAAUGGGGAAGAUUUAUCAAAGUCUUCUGAAACGCAUCUUCUAUUUUUGGUCCCUAAUCUCUUCAUAUCUAUCAAAUUGUUCUAAAAUUGGUUUACAAAAGGGCUGGGGGUUAUUUUUUCACAGAAAUAUCUAUUUUAU